CUCUCUACCACCGGAGCUAAUAUAAGCCCCAACAGAAUCGGGCAUAUUCAAUCCGGCACAAAAUGGCUACUUUCUGGUUUUCAACCUGUACCAUUUGCUAAUAACGGGCUUAACCGUAAUUUGUGGACCCAUGAAAUAGUCCCCAUGCCCUUGAAACUAAGCAGUUAGCUUUUGAGAUAAUGAGAAGACAAUUAGGUAAGAGUAGUUGCAUCAACUUUCAACAAAAUAUCAAAAAGGAAUGUGGUUAUGCUAAGUUGGUUUGAAAACAUGGAAGGCAACAUUUUGAAGCAAAGUGCAGUAAAAACGUCACAGUAACGCCUAUACAGAUCAAACUAGUAUAGAUGGAGAUGUUACUUCAACAUUCCUGUCUCAGAAAUUAAUCCAAUCAACACUAUAAAUCCACUAUUUCAUUUUCUACAAUGGAGAACACAAGGAGGAGGAUAUUCUUGAUAGUACUACUAACAAUGGUUUUUCAUGGCACUGGAACUUCUGUUGAGGAUGAUGGACCUCUAUUUCUUGACUAUUACAAAGAAAAGUGCCCUUUGGCAGAAGAGAUUGUGAGGCGUAGUGUUGCAAUUGCGGUGGCUAAAGAUCCUCGAAUGGCGGCUUCACUCCUUCGCUUGCAUUUUCAUGAUUGUUUUGUUAUGGGGUGCGAUGCAUCUGUUCUUUUGGACAGCUAUGGAGGCAUAGUCAGUGAAAAGCAAGCCGGCCCAAACCUAGAUUCUUUACGAGGAUUUGAGGUUGUCGAUGAGAUAAAGUAUCACCUGGAAGAGGCUUGUCCAACAACAGUUUCAUGUGCUGAUAUUCUAGCCUUGGCUGCUCGCGAUGCUGUUGCAUUGAGAGGUGGACCAAGCUGGAAUGUGUGGCUAGGCAGGAGAGACUCACUGGAAGCAAGCUUCAGUGGUGCCAACCAGUUCAUCCCCGCUCCGAAUUCCUCUCUAGAAACUCUCAUUGCCAAUUUCAAACAACAGGGCCUUGAUGUAGGAGACUUGGUUGCCUUGUCAGGUAGCCACACAAUGGGAAGGGCAAGAUGUUUAAGUUUCAGACAGAGGGUGUAUGAUGUAAACUUCAGAGGAAAAUACGAAUUAUACGAUAAAUACAAGAGAUAUACGACCUUUCGAAGAAUGCUACGGUCCAUAUGCCCGAAAUCAGGGAGGGACGAUGAAUUAGCACCACUUGAUUUUCAGACACCAGCCAGAUUUGACAACCAUUACUACCUUAACAUACUCCAAGGGAAAGGUUUACUGGGGUCUGAUAAUGUGUUGGUCACACAAGAUCAUGACGGGGAGAUACUAAAGCAGGUGUGGGCUUAUGCCUCGGAUCAAAAGCUUUUCUUUGCUUCAUUUGUAAAAUCAGUGAUCAAGAUGGGAAAUAUCAAUACAUUGACUGGAAACCAAGGAGAGAUCAGGAAGCAUUGUAGGUUUGUCAAUGCCUAGCCUAGGCAGUGCAUGUAUGAUGUAUGUAUGGAUAUUGAACUCGAAGUUCAUUUUAUGGGUUUCUUAUUAUCUGCAAUACAUGCUUUAGAAAUUACUGAAGCACUUUAAAUAGACUUCACCCGAUCUUCUAAUAUCUUCUAAUGGUU